AUGUCAAAUAAGAAGGAUAGUUCCAACAAAUCAGAUAAAAAUGAGAUAGGGACGAAAUUAUUUAAGAGAAAAGAGAAAAUUCUUGAGACUUCUACUAGUGUUGAUCCUACAAUUGAGACCGUGGCAGAAUUGAUAAAAUCUGGAAAAGCAAAAAAAAUAAUUGUAAUGUGUGGAGCAGGAAUCUCGACCGCUGCUGGAAUUCCUGAUUUCCGUUCCCCAGGAACUGGUCUUUAUGAUAAUCUUCAAAAAUAUAAUUUACCAUAUCCAGAGGCUGUUUUUAAUCUUGGUUACUUCAAGGAAAAUCCAAAACCGUUUUUUGAAUGUUUCACUCAAAAUGUUGAUAGUUUAGAACGUAGGGCUGGAUUACCUGAUGAAAAGAUUGUUGAAGCUCAUGGUUCUUUCUUAAAAUCAAAAUGUCUUAAAUGUAAUAAUGAAGCUGAUCCGGAUUGGGUUAAGGAAACAAUCUUUAAAGAUCAAAUACCAAAAUGUUUAUCUUGCAAAAAUGGAAUAAUUAAACCUUGUAUCACAUUUUUUGGUGAAAGUUUACCUGAUAAAUUCUUUAAACAUUUAAAAGACUUUAGUAAAUGUGAUCUUUUAAUUGUUAUUGGAACUUCUUUAACAGUUCAACCGUUUGCUGGAUUGAUUGAUCAAGUUCCAUCUAAAACUCCACGUUUGUUGAUUAAUCGUGAACGUUACGCGGUAGAAUAUCAUGGAUUUGAUUUUGAUGGCGUUUCUUCUUCUGUAAAACGUGAUGCAUUUUAUGGAGGAAAUUGUAAUGAUGGUGUGAAGAAAUUGGCAGAAUUAUUAGAUUGGGAGGAUGAACUAAAACAAUUAUAUAAUGAUGGUCAUGUUCACCUAACAAAACUUGAAAGUGAUGUGGAUAAAGUGAUGAAAGAAUUUGAGAAAGUUUCAAUCUCUGAAAAGACAAUUAUUAAUGUUGAUGAUUCCAAAAAUCUUACAAUAGAGAAAAGUUCUGUUUCUAUCAUUGAAAAAGAAUCUAACGAUGAAGUAGAGAAGUUAUCCAAAGAUUUGCAGAAGGUUGAUAUUAAUAAAGAUAAUUAUAAAGGUGAUGAUAAAGGUGAUGAUAAAGGUGAUGAUAAAGAUGAUGAAAAAGAUGAUUAUAAAGAUAAUGAAAAAUCAAGUGCAACUGAAACUAAGAAGGUUGAUAUCAGUAAAAAUAAUGAUGAUGACAAACCAAAUACAGCUAAAAGUGAAAACUCUAAAAAUUCACUUUAA